AUUUAGAGGGAGGGUUUAAAAGAGCGUCCCAGCCAGCCAAACAGGCAGAAUACAGCACUCGACAAAGCAGAGGCUCAACUCUCAGCAGCAACGCAGGCUCGACACUGCAAUCUUCUGGUGAAAGAAAAGGAUACUUCCACUGAGCUCUCGUUCUGCAUUUCGGGUAUCAACAUGGACGCAAUUGUAGAGCUCGAGUGCAUCGUGUGCUGCCACGAGUACUCGCGCAGCAACAGGAUCCCGCGGGUCCUCCACUGCAACCACACCUUCUGUGCCCCUUGCCUGGAGAAAAUGUCCAAGCUGAAGGGUGUCAUCUACACCGUCUCUUGCCCUCUCUGCCGCUGGAUUACCUGCACCAGAGCCAGCCUGACUUUGCCAGGGGCCCUGUGGGUCAACACAGAAAUCUGGGACCAGAUUUCAGAGGAGCAGAGGGAGAAUGAGAACAAUUCAGUGGAGGAUUUGAAAGACUCAAAGUUGCUGUUCAUCGAGACCACACUACCCGUUUCACGGCGCCCUAAUUUGAAGGCCAGUCUCCGAAAGGUUUUCAGCUGUAUAGGUAUGCCUCUGCAAAGCAGAUGACUGAGAGUUUAACAGCAGGAGGUGGACCUCGGCCAUCUUGUCGGACAGACUCCAAAUCUGCAAGACUAAAGUUUGCAUGAUCUGACUUUCACACAAUGGAUCUGCACGGCAGUGCCUCAGUGAGCGUUUGCAUCUUGUGAGGACCGAAGGCCUGAACGUCUUUGUGCGAAAGUGUUGAACCAGACUGUCGUUGUAAAAAGAUGACGUCGACUCUGCCUCCAGUUGAAGUUGUGAUCUGUGAAGAUUUUUGAUUUAUAUCACUGCACAGUUUUAUUCACCACAAUAGGAGCAAAAAAAAAAAAAAAAUCAACAAAUCAACAUUCUGUUCAGUAAAGCAUUGAAGAUGAUUUAAAACAUGAUUUUGUACUAUAGUUUUAAUUUAUGAUGCAUUUUAAAGUAUUUGGUACAAUUAUUUAUGUAGGUAGUGUUAAACAAUUUUUGUCACUUUGUUAACAUGUUUUGUGCAUUUCUCAGAAAAGCACGCGUCAUGUUUAUUUUUUCUAUUCUGUGUGUUGUUGACAUGGAGGAAUUAUUUCCUUAGAGCCAAUUAAGGUGAUAUUUUAUAGGAAUAACUAGAGGGAAAUACAUACCGUCAGGUAUAUAAACAGACAUCUGUGACACAAAUGUUUGUGUUAAUUAAAACUG